UAUAAUGUUUGAUGGAUGUUGGUCACGCAACACCUUCCUUCUUCAAAUGAUGUGCGUUACAUUUUACGCUUUCGCUUUGAACAAUGACCGAUACUCAAGAAAGAGUCGACAUAAACCAAAUUACUAAUAACCAGAGAUUUGGAUUCUCAAGGAGAUUACUGAACAGCUUUAUUGCUAGAGAAUGGUUUACUUACUGGGUUAUCGCGGCAGUGGUUGUUAUAGGGGCACUCUACCAUCAUCACUCCAUCAAUUCCCAAGAAGCCCGCUUUGAAACAACUGUGGAGAAAAUGCUUGAUAAAAGGGAAAAGAAAUCCAGAGCUUUCGUCGAGGAGGCUGUCAAAAUAACCGAGACUAAUAUGGCUAGAAAGCUAGAAACCCGCUUUGAAACUGUGGAGAAAAUGCUUGAUGAAAGGGAAAAGGGAUCCAGAGCUUUCAUCGAAGCGGCGGUCAAAACGUCCGAGACUAAUAUGGCUGGAAAGUUCGAUAUGCUUAGAAGACUGUUAGUUUCUUUGGACAUAAAGGGCCGUACACGUUUUAGGGCGCCUAUAGCUGAAGAGACUUUCUUGCAAAUGUCUUCAACGUGGCUACCCCAAGAGAGUUGGGCAUCUAUAGUAAGACGCAAAGAUUUGGUCUUGUCGACUCUUUUGAUAAUUUGAUCAUCAAUUCUGAUUUCUAAGUCGUUACAUUGGGCAGAUAGUCUUUCUCUUGAUACAAUAAUCAUUAACUCUGUUUUAGCAACAUUUAGACUGAGCUUGUUAGCUUUCAGCCAACGGCUAAGGUUAUUCAAUUCAGGGGUUAGAGCUAGCUCAAGCUCUGUUAAUGUCUUAGCAGAUAUCGUAAGAUUGGUAUCAUCGGCAAACGAUUGAUUCGUUCUGCGUACCACUAGCGAAUCUCAGCCGAUCGACCCGUGUUCCCCAUUCGUACUCGGUUUCUCAGCCCGAGCGCAAAUUGGCGCCUCACCUAUGAGGACCGAGAUCCCUCGGGUACCCUGCAUCACGGUCAAGUUUUAGUUUCGACACACCGCAAAGAGAAUUGAUGUAUUUUUAUCACCUUAAGGAGAACUCCUUAGUUUUUAGUUGACGCCACCCUAGUCUUUAUAUACUUAGACUGCUGAAUAGGUUGACUGAAACGUUUAGGUUCUUUAAAAGUGGCCUUUCUUGUGGCUAACUCAGACAUGAGAAAAUCUCAGGUGGAGAAGGUAACGUUACUCAUCCCAUUCUUAAAAUAGUGUUUACAUUGGAAUUAGCUUGAAAGGUUUUCACGCUAAUGUUUUUCGUGGAAGAAAUUGUAACUUCAGAACGGCUCUUACGUGAGCUUCUUAUGGCUGACCCAAUUACACGGCAAUCACAUAAUCUCGCUGAAGUUCUUCAUUUCAUUCCUGAUACUAUAAACCCUUUCAGGAAACGAUUUUAGGAGAGCUGCUUGUAUCUGAUUUAAGUAGACGGUAAUCAUAAAACGUCACUGAGGUUCUCAAUUCUUGAUACUUAUGAACGCUUUCUUUUUAAUUAGAAUAUUUCAAACCACUAUUAUUGUAAACAAUAUUAUCUCGGAUGCAUAGCCAUUUUAUUGUAGUCAGAAAGGGAGGUUUACUUUAAAUAACUCUCAUCUUGUGCAGUUCAUAGACUCAAUCUCAUUGACAAUGAUAAACUUGUAGUUUAUUCUGUGGGGUACUUAGUUUUAAACUUUCAAUGAAACUUGAAUAUGAUGCCUUAAACUGGAGAAAGACAUUUUUUUUAAUGUGAAUCCAUGUUUUUAAUAACUUUUUUAACUGUAACAGGUUGAAACGCAGACAUUACAGAAUUCAGGUUUAAUUACGAUACGUUUCAUAUUAAUUUCUAUUAUUCAUGUUCUUUCUUUCUGUUUUGUCUUCUCUCUUUUCUGUUUCUGUUGUCCUUUCUUUUCCUUUUUUUUGGGUGGUCUCCAUCCAAUUCAUUGCUUGUGAAAUCUGGAAGUAAAGAAGAUGUAGUUUCUUAAGCAUGUCAAACGGGAUGAAAAAAUAAUAACAAAAAUUUUUAUCAUUAUUAUAAUACCAAUGAUUUUUAAAAUUAUUUAGCUCAAAAUGCAGCCUUUGCAAAAGUAGCUUUAUGGUACAUUAUGGCAGGAUUUUUUAAUGUCAAGGGCUGGUUCAUAGAUUAGGCCUUCAGGAAUUGCUCUGAAUCACGGCAAUUGGAUUAGGCUGGCAAUCCUUAAAAAUUGACAGAAGAGAAGUUUCUCUACAUACCUUCAACAGUUUUGGAGAGAUCUACCAAUUCUGGUAUGCAUUUUCGAGGUCUGCG